AUAUGACUGAUCAUGAAAGUAAUAAUAACUGUCAUAAAUCGUCACAUCACCACAAUCGAAAUAGUGCGGAAUGUACACGUUGGCCAAUGUAUACUUUAGUUGGUUUUGUAUCAUUUGUGUGUUAUGUGAAUGGUUUUAGUGGUGAUUUUGUGCACGAUGAUAUACCCGCUGUUACAUUAAAUAAAGAUGUAUUAGCUGUGAAUCCAAUUGCACAUAUAUUUCUCAAUGAUUUUUGGGGUACACCAAUGGCGGAUGUAAAUAGUCAUAAGUCAUAUCGUCCCCUUACAACAUUAACAUUUCGGUAA